AUGCCCGCCGCCAGAGCCGCCCUCCAAUUCCAGGAGCCGCAUGUCGUGCGACUCUCCGACAAGGAACGCACUAGCGGCAUCAUCACUGAGGAGCAUAUCGCCGAGGCUAUCUCUGCCUUGCACCGCGAUGGCCUCGUGGUUCUCGAGAACGCUGUGGACGUGGAGCACUGUGACAAACUAAACGAAAUCCUCAGCAGCGAGGCUGAGGCCAUGGCCGAGCUGCCCACCACUCAUUUCAACGAUAAUUCCCCCGACGGCGCUCCCACCGGCAACAUGUCUCAAGGGCCCCCUCUAACCCCUGACCUCAUGUACACCGACAUAUGGGCCAACCAACCCGCCGCCACCGUCCUCUCCUUCAUGCUGGGUCCCAAACCUCGCGUCAACUACGUUAACGGCAACACGGCUCUAGGCGGCUUCAACGGCGCGCGCCAACGCGUGCACGCCGACCUCACCUUCAACCACGCCCAGUUCCCCUUCGCCAUCGUCACCAAUUACUACCUCAUCGACGUGUCGCCCGCCAACGGGUCCACGGAGCUCUGGCUCGGAUCACAUCGCGACACGAGCUUCCACGACCACCGCAACGGCCAUCCUGUGGACCCGGACGCCGACAACGGCGACGGCCGCCACGGCAUCUAUGACAACACCCUCGAGUCCGAGUUUGGCAUCCGCGACGAGCUCCUCGAGCAGCGUCGCGCCUACGCUCCGCCCGUCCAGCCCACCGUCAAGAAGGGCUCCGUCGUCCUGCGCGACCUGCGCCUCUGGCACGCAGGACUCGCCAACCCCACCCCCGACCCGCGCAUCAUGCUCGCCUUCGUCCACACCCCCUCAUGGUACCAGUGCCCGGCAAAGGUCGUCUUGCCCGAGGCCACGAGCAGCCUCGUCGACUCGUGGGCUAACCGUGAAGUUAGUCCUGUGCAGUACUGGGCGCAUUUCGUCCCAGCCGACGUGGACCACAAGACCAUCAAGUUCAACCCCAACUUUAGCAGCGACAACAAGGGUUACCUCGCCAUGCUGCCCAAGGACGUCUCCAUGGGCUUCGUAUUUAAGGCGGACGACGAAUAG